AUGACGCGAACUGGCCCUUCAAAUAGCACCAUCUCUUGGGAGACCAAGAGCGUUGCCCCUGAGGAAGGCAACAGAAUUGACUCGGUCGCUGGUCACGAUGCGAGGCCCAAAGGGCGCAUUCGUCGAUCCAUGACGGCUUGUAAUACUUGUCGCAAGCUCAAGACCCGAUGCGAUGUUGAUCCGCGUGGUCAUGCUUGUCGCCGCUGUCUAUCCCUGAGGCUCGAAUGUGAACUCCCAGAGACAUCAGAGCGGUUCCAGGACAAUGCAUCAACCUGGUCCGAUGCCACGGCCGUGCCCUCGAUAGAGGAACGGCUUGUCUCUCUUGAACGAGGCAUGGGGGAGAUGAUACAUUUAAUGCGGCAAAUGGUUGAUCGUCCCCCCAGCAUGUUCGGCAGAUUAAACUCGCAGCCGAGGAGCGGCAGUAUAGACGAGGCCUCGAAUGAUAGCGUGUCGGCAUCAUUAUACCCCCUGAAGCCGGCUCAGCUCAUUCGAGACCUCCAAGCUGAAUGUUUUGGAGAGAGAGAUCACUUCUCCUCCGACGAUGAUAUCCUUGGGGAUAUAGUAACUCAGGGUAUUGUAGACUCUAAGCUCUCCCUGAAGUUGAUUGAACUAUUCGUGGAGUAUUUCGGCCAUUGGGUUUCGAUAAGCCACUCGUCCAGCAUUCAGCGAUCAAAUACACUCUUAUUCAACACUGCGUGUCUCCUUGCCGCGCGGUACCUACCUGGCUUACCACAGCAUACUGUCCGCGAUAUCUCUCUCCACGUUCAACAUGCCGUGGCUAAGAUGCUGUGGAAGCCCCCGCCCCUGACAAGCGAUAUGCUGCAGGCAUUGACAUUGCUUUGUCUAUAUUCUACCGCGAUUCAUAAAGAAGGACUGAUGGAUGACUGGUUACUGAGCGGGAUCUCAAUCAACCAUGCCCUAAUUUCCUUCAACUUCCUCAAUACUCUCCCCAGAGAUAGUAUCAACCCCGAUGACCUAUUUGCCCAGCUGCGUCUAUGGAAUACGCUCUGUGCAACCCAACUACACUCAGCCCUCGCAAACGGCCGCACCGUCAACAUCCAACAGCAACAUAUGGACCAAUGCCCCAGGAUCCUAGAACAUGCAACCGCCACCCCUGAAGACGGAAAAAUCGUUGCAGAGAUCCAACUAUAUCGUAUAGCCCUCAAGCUCCAACACAGCCAGCACCGCCUCCAAUUCGCCGAAACCGAAUAUGAAGAAAUCGAGCGCUGGAAAAUGGAAUGGGCCCAUCUCCUAACAAACAACGAAGACUCAACCCUCGACCUAAACCUCUGGUUCUGCCAGCUCCUCCUACACAGAACAGCAACCCGCCUCCAACCAGAUAGCGACCGCCUCACCCCGGAAAUCUGCGGCACAGCCCGCCUAAUAAUCUCCAAAUUUCUCCAAACCCGCUUCAGCACCGCGCCCAGCCUAAUCGACCACGUCUACUUCAUAGUCGGCUACGCAGCUUUAACACUAUGCGACUACAACCUCACCGACCCGCUAAUCAGCCAAGUCCGCGGCUUCCUCCUGCACCUCGCCCCAAGCGGUGACAACCUGCCUUACCGAAUCGCCUGCAUCGUAGGCGAAGUGCAGCGCCGCUAUUCCGAAGCAACGGCCGUCGUUGCCACGGCUGCUGAGCACGCUUCUUUGCCUUCUUCUUCACCGAUUGAUGAGAAGGGCGUGCCGUUUUUUGGUUCCGGUCCUGGUCCUGGGUCUGCGCAGCAUCAGCAUCAUUCGCAUUCGCAUCCCCAAGGACGGAAUAUGGACUUGUCGCAGCUUAUGCCUGGUGCGGAGGUUUUGGAUAAUCUUGUUGAGGGGUAUGGGUGUCUUGAUCAGUUGAUGCCUGGGUAUGGAGGUACUCAGGCUGGGUUUGAACCGCCCGCUUUGUUUCAGCAUCAUUCGGCUCCUGUUACUGGUGGGGCUUUGCCUAUUGGUCUUGUGCCUAGGGCUUUGCAUGAUUGGUGA